AUGGGCUGGUGGUCUAGUCGGUCAGUGUUCCACGGUUCACUGGAAGGCAGCAUCACUGGAACAGGGCUCGCCACUCUUGCUGAGGAUAAGACUGCGAGCACAGUUCAAGGUUUGGGAGGCAGGUCUGCGUGGGCAAUGGGCUGGUGGUCUAGUCGGUCAGUGUUCUACGGUUCACUGGAAGGCAGCAUCACUAGAACAGGGCUCGCCACUCAUGCUGAGGAUCAGACUGCGGACAAUGGGAUUUUUGAAUAUCACAAAUUCGGAAUUUUGGAAGUUAGAAUUGCAGAAUGA